CAAUUUGUGAUACUUGUCAAACUAUAGCGCGCUAUCACCGUCUUUUGUCAAAGUCAUUCGUAGACGGCAUGUUGAAAAAUACGACGUCAUAGUCCUGUAUGUUUUCGUAUCAAGCUGGGAAGGAUAUAGUCGUGUCUUUUAGCUGCUGUCUGAUGAACGAACAUUAAACGCCGCAAUGAAGGUGAUAUGUGGCAGCUAGCCCGCGCUAGCAUGUAGCUCAUAUCAUAGCUCAUAUCAUUUGUCGAGCGGUGCUUGCCAAAUAUGAAUUCAGAGAAGCAGUGACAGCGGCCGGUGGUGAUAACUGGCAGCUCUAACCCACCCACCAGCCAACCAGCGAGCCUGGCCUUUGUUUACCUGCCGCUCAGGUAGGGUGUGAGUAGGGGGCAGGGCCACCCACGAGGUAGGAGGGAUGCCUGUGGAGGGCGGAAGCAGUAGCGGCUCUGCUUCGGCUGCUCGUCACCCCAAGCAGAAGCGCAAGGCUCACAGUUUAUCUAUCCGGCGCACCAACAGCACAGAGGAGAGGCAACCGGGCAUCCUAAGAGGAGACAUGCUGGAGGGACAGGACUCCAAGCUGCCCCUCGCUCUGCGGAACAAUCUUCUUGACCUGUUUGGCCAGAUUGAGCGAGAAUUUGAAAAUCUCUACAUUGAAAACAUUGAAUUACGCCGGGAAAUCGACUCUCUGAACGAGCGUUUGACUGGAGAUGGACAGACUGUCGAAGGAGGAGACCCCACCAAGGGAGCCCUGAAAACAAAAGCCAGCCACAGCACCAGUCAACUGUCACAGAAGCUGAAGACGACCUACAAAGCCUCUACCAGCAAGCGCUUGUACACUUUCCAGAGCAAAAUAGGUGGACCUCGCAACUUCAGUGUGGCCACAUGGGAGUUGUGGGGCGGAGAUUCAUGGAUUGUGUCCAGUUUCAAAGCCACCACAGGCUCUCGGGCCUUGUGCCAGCUGCUCAAGGAGUACAUGGGCCAUCGGGACGGGAUCUGGGACCUCAGUGUAACCCGAACUCAGCCAGUGGUCCUGGGCACCGCCUCAGCAGACCACUCAGCUCUACUGUGGAGUAUAGAGACUGGGAAAUGUCUGCUGAGGUAUGCUGGCCAUGCAGGAUCAGUCAACUCCAUCAAGUUCCACCCCACAGAGCAGAUGGCCCUCACAGCCUCCGGGGACCAGACGGCUCACAUCUGGCGCUACAUGGUGCAGCUUCCUGCCCCGCAGCCACCACCAGAUGUCAGUGCUCCGUGUGAUGAUGACCAGGACUCAUCAGACAGAGAGGAAGGCGAGGUGGACGGCGAGGGCCCAUGCGAGGUCCCCACUGUCCGGGUUGCUACAGCGACCCUGAAGAGCCACCAGGGCGUGGUGAUCGCAGCUGAUUGGUUGGUAGGAGGCCGACAGGUGGUGUCAGCUUCCUGGGAUCGUGCUGCAAACCUGUAUGAAGUGGAGACGUCUGAACUGGUUCACACGCUCACUGGUCAUGACCAGGAGCUGACCCACUGCUGCACCCACCCCACCCAGCGCCUGGUGGUCACGUCAUCCAGGGACACCACCUUCAGACUGUGGGACUUCAGAGACCCGUCCAUCCACUCUGUCAACGUCUUCCAGGGACACACUGACACGGUGACGUCUGCGGUGUUCACGGUGGGCGACAACGUAGUUUCGGGGAGUGACGACCGCACCGUCAAGGUGUGGGAUUUGAAGAACAUGAGGUCGCCCAUAGCAACCAUCCGCACUGAUUCGGCUGUGAACAGGCUCAGUGUCUCUGCCAACCAGAGGAUCAUCGCUCUGCCACACGACAAUCGACAAGUCAGACUGUUUGACAUGAGCGGAGUGCGGCUGGCCAGACUUCCACGCAGCAACAGAAUGGGUCACAGGAGGAUGGUGUGCUGCACGGCGUGGAACGAAGAGAACCAGUCGUGCAACUUGUUCACCUGCGGCUUCGACCGGCAGGCCAUCGGCUGGAACAUCAACAUCCCGGCGCUGCUGCAGGAGAAGUGAUGGCGCGGCAGAAACACAGCAGACUGAUCCAAUCCCUCCAUGUAUAUAGACUACGGUACACAUGAACACUGUAAUCUGUGGCCUCACACAUGCCAGCAGCGUGUUUACCCCGUGAAACAUCACAGCGUUCACACAACCGAACGAGGAGGUGUGAAAAACAUGGUUACUGAUCCCAGCCGGUGUUGCUUUAAGGAUGCAGCAAUCAACAGAUGAAGUGAGCAGAUGAAUGAAUGAGCUUUUUUUUCAGGCAUCUACGGGGUUAAAUGACGGCGCUGGCGUGUUGGAGGCCACAGAGCCGAUCUCCUGCAUUUGACCCUUUCACUCGUUAGCAUGGAUUGUGAAUUGUGACGUGACUAGGCUGUUCAUCCUUAGCCUCCUCUGUUUAGAAGUAAAUAUAUUUGAUCCACAGUCGCAGGCUGCUGUUCACAUCUCUGUCGUUUAGUUCCCGCUGAACGGUCGCUCUUGCAUGUAGAUAAACUUGGUUUGCGAAUGUUACUUGUAAAGUUGUGAGAGAGCAGUUAUAAGGCCAGAACAGUGUGUAGAAUAAAUGUAUAUAUUUCUCUGUAGGCCUGAUUAAGCGACCUGUGCUGCAGGUUGUUGCUUUCUAAAGGAUUUAGUGUCUUACCCGCUUGGUGAGGGCGGAGCUUGGCAAAGAAAGUGUGGUUCUGUGAAAUGUUUUACCCUUUUAGUCAAGCUUGGAAUAUUUCCUAUCACUGAACAAAACAUAUCAUAUCCAUAUACCUGAGCAGCCAGCGGGCCGCCGGGUCAUCACUUGUCUUAAAACGCUUCAAACAGGAUCUGAUGUCUUGUCUGAGAGGCUGACAGAUUUGCCUAUUACCUUUGAUGCUUUCCAGUCACAGCCAGCCUCCAUUACUUCCAGAUUUUGUGGUCAAACUUGUGAUGCUGUAACUCUGCCUUGUUCCAUGUUUACAGUGGAUUUGUUCAUUUGAAACAUCGCUUUAUUCUGCCUUUAUGUCGAGAUGCAAAGUGUCAAGAAGAGCAUAGCAAUAACGGGGGAAUGAGUGCGCUUCAGUUGAGAGGUUAGUGAAUGACGUGUUCAGCAUAAUCAUAGUCCAAUGCUCCCAGUAUGUUGCUGGUUUAGGUGUCCAUAACCCGCCCUGUGUUUCCUCGGUGUCAGUGAAAUAUAACCUGUUGCCAACUCAGAGCCCUGUGUCGCUGUAAUGUGUGAUCCCAAAGCGAACUUGUUGUUUACUGGUCACUCCUGUGUGUCAGUAACGGCCUGUCAACAUGAAGUUACAGUGUUUACUCUUUACGUUGAACCCUCAGCCUUGUACAGCUUUUUGCACCUUUUGUUGUAACGGCGCUUUUAGGUCUGUGACAAGCGCCUUUUGUCCAAAAACAGAAGCAAUAACCGAGCUCCAUGAUGUCUCUGGUGCUCAGAGUGAAGCCCUUUUCUUUCUUUUUUUAAUUACUUUUAUGAAUCAGUUACUUCUGACUUGAAUACACACUGAAUUUCAGUUAGUUAUAAAGUUUAGAAUUGGGCUUGACUGGAUUCCAGAAAACAAUGUUACACUUGUGCAAUAUCCUAAACAUGAAGUCAUGCUGUAGAUGUUGAUCUUCUGAUGUUUAACUUAUUUCAUUGCUGUAAAUCCCAUAAAGAGAUGAUUUAAUGUACUUGUGUGACUGGUGUAGAUGUACAUAGGUAUGCGUAACUUACCCAAAAAGUCGGCUCCAGACCGCACACUCGACUGCUGUUUCUACCGACAAUAGAGUCAGGAUGCAUUUUGAAGUAGCAUGAACCUAAAAAGGUAAUAUUGAAAUGCCUUACCGCUGCAUUAAAAACGGUGCAUGAGCCUUAUCCAUCUGAGCAUCAGUGCACUUUUCCAAAUGCUUGUUAAAUAACUAAUUGUGUUCCGCAGCGCAGUGCAGAUAGGACUUUUAUUCCUGCUUCAUUCAGGGAACUCAAUCUCGCGCCCACCGGUAUCAAUGUCAUUUUAAUCUGCAGGUAGAACGGCGAGUCCGAUUUGCGCCCCGCUUAUGAAUUUCAGCCUGGAGGAAAUAUGAUUUUUGGAUUGAUACAUUAAAUUAUUGCGUGCCAGACUGUAGGGGGAGAAAAGGUGGAUAGGCUUCGCUUCACUGUAGCGAAUCACAUUCACCUCAAACUUCAUUAUGUGAUCUACUUUGCAUACUUUAUUGUAACGGGUACGUGUUCUCUGACACUUUCCAAUAAAAACGUGUGAUUUCCUUU